GGCAUGGGCGCGGGCAUCUGGUUCAGCAGCGAGGUGACGUUUGAGCCCCAGAACCUGGCCUCCACGCAGCUGGUGGACACCAAGACGCCCAACUCGGAGAUCUGCAUGGCCAACGGAUACUCCUCCAUGGUCUUUGACCAGCGCAUCUUUGUGUCGUUCAACCCCUUCAACGUGUAUGUGAGCCAGCCCGAGGUCAAGCCCGGGUGUGUGCUGCGGCGGGCCAACUUCAACGUGCUGGAGCGGCGGGGGCUGGUGGAUGGGCAGCAGGUGUCGGCCUGCAAGCGCAACAUGAACACCUUUGCGUUUGUGGGGGACCUGGAGAAGAGCCCGGAGGUGUCGUGCGUGUACCACUCUGAGGAGGCGGAGAACCAGUUCCUGAAAGACCCCUCCCGAGCUGCCAUGGGCGACGGCUUCGUGCCGCGCAAGGAGCCGGCGGCAGCCGAGUGAAGAGCAGUAGCGGCAGCAAUGGGAGCAGGCCCUGCCUGCCUGGCAGCAGACGGACACCCUGCUUCACCCUGCAUUGCUGGUCCUGUAACAUAAUGUAGCUGGU